GGCCGCGACUCCGCGGCGCUGAGCGCGGCGGCGGCCGGGGCAGAACCCGCGCGCGGCGUGCAGAGCGAGCGCAGCGGGCGCGCGUCCCGGGCAGCCUCACGCCCCUGCCUCGCUCGGUGCCCGCGCCAUGAAGCACAUCCCGGUCCUCGAGGACGGGCCGUGGAAGACCGUGUGUGUGAAAGAACUGAACGGCCUCAAAAAGCUCAAGCGGAAAGGCAAGGAGCCGGCGCGGCGCGCGAACGGCUAUAAAACUUUCCGAUUGGACUUGGAAGCGCCCGAUCCCGGCGCCGCCGCCACCAACGGGCUCCGGGACAGGACCCAAAGGCUGCAGCCUGUCCCGAUCCCGGCGCCAGUGCCAGCCCCGGUGGCGCCAGCCGUUCCUUCAGGUGGGGGCGCGGAUACAACCGGGGAGCGCAGAGGCACCCGAGCGCCCGAGGUCCCAGACGCACGGAAACGCGGUUUCGCCCUGUGUGCAAUGGGACCUGGACUCCCCACGUCGCCGCCGCCUCCAGCGCCCCAGGGCCUGGCAUCCGGAGGUUCCGAAGCACAGCCUUUUCGUGAACCCGGCGUGCGUCCCCGCAUCUUGCUGUGCGCACCCCCGGCGCGCCCAGCGCUGUCCGCGCCUUCCGCACCCUUAGCACCCCCGGAGUCCUCAGUGCACCCUGCGCCUCCCACGCGCCAGGGGGAAAGUUCCUACUCGUCAAUUUCACACGUAAUUUACAAUAACCACCCGGAUUCUUCUGCGUCGCCUAGGAAACGUCCAGGAGAAGCGACCGCCGCCUCCUCCGAGAUCAAAGCCCUGCAGCAGACCCGGAGGCUCCUGGCGAACGCCAGGGAGCGGACGCGGGUGCACACCAUCAGCGCAGCCUUUGAGGCACUCAGGAAGCAGGUGCCAUGCUACUCAUAUGGGCAGAAGCUGUCCAAACUAGCCAUCCUGAGGAUCGCCUGUAACUACAUCCUGUCCCUGGCACGGCUGGCUGACCUUGACUACAGCGCCGACCACAGCAACCUCAGCUUCUCUGAGUGUGUGCAGCGCUGCACUAGAACCCUGCAGGCCGAGGGACGUGCCAAGAAGCGCAAAUGCACCAAAGUGGUACAAUUACCCUGCAGUACACAGAAGGAAACGAUGAAUUUAAGACCAGAGACGAAUAGCAAGCAGAGCAGAGCGUCAGAUGGAAAUGAACAAAAGCGAAAUAUUCGAGGCUGUUCCAGUGUCCACAGCCAUCACCAGAAGUUUCCCUGAAGGACAGACAGACGUAUUUGCAAAAACGCUCAGUGUUCCAUUUGAAAUGAGAAGAAUAUCUGUGGUGUGGCUAACCUGUAGCAAGUUAAAUGCCAGCACCUAGAAAGCCGGGCAUUCAGUGAGUAUUCGUCGAGAUGCCUGUGAGUCAGGAGCUGUGCAGGAGGCUGCUGCUGUGGCGGUGAGCAGAGUGGACCUCCCUCCCUCGUGGACUGGCAUUCUGACCCCAGGCAGGCGAACAGGUACAAAGAUGUCUUCUGCUGUGCAGACGCAUCCCCUCUGCCACACCAGCCAGAUCCCCGUGUUCACACUCGGCCAGUCAGGUGGACAGAGGGACAGCAAGGCCAUCUCAUCUGGUCCACCUGUUGUUUUAAGACAUCUCCUAUGGGUGCAGGGACUCUGAGGAUAUGAGCCAAGCAUAAGCCAUCCCUAGAACCUUGACCUCAGCAGAAGUCCCCAAACCCACAAAAGGCUAGCCAGAGGGGACAAGCUCUGCACACAGGUUGGAGGCCGGUGUGGUUGCCAGUGUAGUUGUUGCAAUGGGGGUGUUUUCUCUCCCUGUAUUUGCAGGUAUACAUACACCCCCACACCAGCCCCUUAGGAAGCGGUGGCACCGGCAUUCUUGUCCCCUUGGGGGCUAGGAUGCUCAGAGCUGGCCGCAGGUGGUCAUGGGUGAGCAGCAGACACCAGCCAGCACUCUGGCAUCUCCAAGGUGACGGGCCAUAGGCUGCUCCUCGAGCUUUGCAAACCCUUUGAGACCUUCCUCUGGCCUCUAUGAAAUACUCUUCUGCACUCUUACCAGAGUGAGUUGCUACUCCUUAGGAGGCAGGUGUAGCAGCAAAGGCAAAUCUGUUGGGAAAAUACUGGGUAAAUAAAACCACAUAAAUUUCUUCACUGUAGAACUUUUUAGAGCUUAAAAUAUGUGACUGUACAUAGCGACUUUCCAAGAUGGGGACAAAGUCUGUCGUGUUGCCCAAACUCCCGGAAUACCUCAGCUGGCUGGUUCUGCAGAACUCCCUUUGGAGAAUGCUGAUCCACUUAACACCCCCUUCCUGUCCACGAGAGGGAAUUUAUGCACAGAGAAGGGUAGGGAGAGUUACCCAAGGCCACACAGUCAGUUAAUUGCAGAGCAGGUCCUGGGAGCUGAAUGUUCUUCCCAUUGUGCCUCAGUUGAUGCAAGUUCUCCCUUGGAUGGAUGACUCAUGUGCUGAGAUUCCUGGGCUGUGGUGUGUGGUGGGCACACAGGUUCAAUGUAGACACCAGGGAAAGGAUGGGGUCAAGAAUUGAAGACAAGCCAGGCGCUGGUGGCUCAUGUCUGUAAUUCUAGCUACUUGGGAGGCUGAGAUCAGGAGGAUCAUAGUUUGAGGCCAGCCUAGGCAAAUA